AUGUCAAGUGAAUCUAAAAAUCAACAUGUGUAUUUAGUAGGCUUUCAAAGCAGUGCAUUGAACAAACGAAAAUUGCCAUCUCAGCGACAAGUAUUAAGUGUUUUUUUUUAUAAUUUGAAUUUUCUCAAACAAUCUGUUCGUGAAAGCGCACGAAAUGUAUUGAAUGAGGUUAAUGACAUUUGGAGUCUUACUGGUAUACCAUCUCGCAAUACACAAACCCAAAAGUCGAAAGAAAAACGAUUUUCUUUAAAGUUGGAUCAAAUUUUCGAUUUAGCACUCCAAAAGUCUUUUAACCAGCUCACAGAAACACAAAAAGAAUUUUUAUCAAAUGAACGUAGAGCACAUAGAUCAAGCCCUAUUAUCUUCGAAACAAAUUCACAAACAGACAGUGAUGAAGAGUUAACUCGAAGUUUUUCUGGCCUAUCUACAUCAACUGGCAGUAAAUCUUUUCCAAGUUCAGGUGAACUCAAACGUGAAAUUUCAAAUUUUGAGAAUGAGUUACCUUCUCGUCUUAGACCAAAAAAGAAAAAAAACGUGAUAGAUCAGAAACUAGUUGCGACCCUAGAUCGCACACAAACGAGCGAUCGAAUGGCUGCAUACCUAGUGAAUUCCGUUGCUAAGAACUUCGACGUGGAUGUGGAUAAGAUAAAUACUAGCAGAAGUUCUCUACGACGACAUCGCAUGCAUCAACGGCAAGCAACUGCUAAAAAUUUGAAAGAAAAAAUUAUCUUUCCAUCAUGUUUAGUAUUGCAUUGGGAUGGAAAACUUCUUGAUGAUUCAGAAAGUGUCAAAAAAGUUGAGAGAUUGCCGGUAAUAGUAACAGGACUAGAUUUUAAACAUAUUUUGGGCGUUCCCAAAUUAGUUACUGGAGACAGUAAAAAUCAAACCGAUGCCAUAAUUAAAUUAUUAGAUGAAUGGAAGAUUAAAAACAAAAUUAAGGCUUUAUGUUUUGAUACUGCUGCUGUAAAUACGGGCUUGAAUAAUGGAACAUGCACUCAGCUUGAACGUGAGUUGAACAGAAAUCUUCUUCAUUUGGGUUGUAGACAUCAUAUAUACGAGUUGGUGCUUAGAAGUGUCGCAGAAACGUGUUGGCCGGUUACAAGUGGUCCUAAUGUUGCAAUAUUCAAUCGCUUCAAAAAUAAUUGGGAAAAUAUAAAUAAAGAAGAAUUUGAGACUGGAAUUGAAGAUUCUGAAGUUGAGAUAAAAACCAGAGACAUGAAAGACGAAAUUCUACAAUUUAUUUCAAGUCAAAUCAAGGAAUAUCAGCCGCGAGCUGACUACAAAGAACUGUUGGACUUAACUUAUAUUUUUUUGGGAGGAACUCCAUCAAGUCACUUUGGAUUCAAGCGACCUGGAGCGAUGCACCAUGCAAGAUGGUUAUCGAAAGCUAUUUAUUGUCUGAAAAUUUUUAUGUUUAAGAAGCAAUUUAAAGUAAAUGCCAAAGAAAUACCUCAGCUCCGAGACAUAUGUCUAUUUAUCGUUACAAUUUAUGUAAAAGCGUGGUGUCAAUGCCCUAAUGCUAUUAAAGCUCCAAAUCAGGAUUUACAGUUUUUGAAAGACAUCAUCAAGUACAAAGAUAUCAACAGAAAAAUUUCGAGUGCAGCUAUGGAUACAUUUUUAAGACACGGGUGGUACUUGUCAGAAUCUCUUGCCCCACUAUCUUUUUUCGACGACUCAAUACCUCGAGAGAUUAAAUUAAAAUGA